GAAAACCGGCAACAAGCGACAGAAAAUAAUAAUAUUUUAGUGCAGUCUACUCGCAACGACCAACGGACGGCCAGGACGUUAGUGUGCGCGGUAUCAUUUGGUUUAAUGGUAUUAGAGGUAGCAGCGGCCUGGCCAGUGCGACCUGGUCGUCAGUGUGUUCGAGCCCUAACUCAACAUUUAAAAACCAGAAUAAUUAUUUUGUACCACUAAUAAAAAAAUAAGAAUAUAAAUUUAAAAACUUUUUAUAUUUCUCUUAAUGUUUAAGUUAUUGUCUAGGCUUAAUAAAUGUAAAUUGUGUAUAUCCUAGAAUUAUAAGUCCUUUGGUAUUUUUUAUAAAUAUUUUUUCGUAAACAUCGCGAUUAUUCUUAUUUUUAUUUUAUUUUGGUGUCUUAACAGUGUAAAUAAUAUGACGCGCUUUUUUACGCUAUAUUUUUGAAGAAAUUUUGAUUUUUUCUAUGUUGUGAGUUAAUAUUUUGUUAAAGUUUUUUAAAUGCCAUUUCUUUGCAAUACCAUCGCUUUUUAAUAAUUAAGUAACUAGAACUAUAUGAAUUUAAACAACUUUACUAUAAAUCCGCUAAUUUUAAACGUGCUUUUUAUUCAACUAAGAAGCGCGAUAUUGAUCGUUAUGAUAUUAAAAUGUAUAGGAAACACAAAACAGAAUGAUUAACGUACAGGAGAAUGAGACUGAGAUUGAGAGAUAACUUGUAAAUAGAGUGUAAAUGGUUCUGAAUUCGCUUUUGCAGCCAUCGGGGGUGCAGUUCCCCCUCCAUCAUCAGCGCCAUCUUUUACCCCUCAACCCCCACCCCAAGGUAAUCCGGCUGUACCCACGCCACAACCUUACGGAGUUAUGCCUGGAAUGCCUGGAUCUCCGUAUGUAAUUCCAGGUCAAACUCAGAUAUACCCACAGGGUCCACCACCAACUUAUGAUCAAGCUCUAACUCAUCCUGCUGCCAUAGUGGGGCAACAUAUGUACCCUCCUGGAACAAUGUACACUACUGGUUACCCUACCUAUUUAGGCUAUCCAACAUACGCACCCAUGCAAUAUUACCCAUCUCUGGGUGCCUAUUCUUAUGCCAUGCAGCCAGCAGCACAGUUAAGGCCUACCAUUAUGAUACCAAAUCCCCACCUGUUUCAGAACGGCUACGAUACAGGCGCCCGCUUCGACGGCAUCGCGCAGCAGGUUCUUCCCCCUGCGCCGCCCGGCGUCCCGCCUACAGCCGCGCAAUUAGCCGCCAUGGCCGGUCACCAGGUGGCGCUGGGUCAGAAGAAGAACACGUUCCUGGCUGGCGGUUCCGAGGGCGGCUACGCGUUCUGGUAGUUUCACCAUUGUUGCUCCUCCGUAGGAAAAGAAGUCCAGGAAGAAGAUGCGCGUUCUUUCUUAGGUGAAAACGGUUAUUAUUAAGUAAUAAUAGUGGUGUUCUUUCGUUUGGUUUUUGGAAUCGAUUUACAAAAUUGAACCCAUUUAUUGAGUCGAUUUAUUUGGUUCACAAUUAGUCUAUUGUUUUUUACUUACGUCGUCUAUUAGUUUCUUUUUGUUAUGUGUAAAGUGAAUGGAUUUAUAUGCAUCAGUCGUUCCCGUCACUUUAAUUCCCUACAAUUAUAAUAUAUAAUUUUUGAAAUAAAUCAAUACAUUUACAUAAAACA